AUCCAGCUUUCCUUUAUACCUUCAGAUGGACAAGAGAGAGGCUCAAGGAGACCUAACUAGCCCACCAAGGAUGGAAUUAGAUGAGAUAACAAGCAAAAUUAAUGACCUGGACAAGUGGAGGUCAAUAUUCAGCUCCCAAGGGUUGGAAGUCAGCAAAGCAAUGAUACAGAAAUCCCAAGAGAAUCAGAAAGCAGAUGAAGAAAGUGAAGAAAAGUCAGACACUUUGAGCAUCAAGAAGCAUGGAUACUUUCCAGCCAACAUUUUGUAUUCAAUCCCAAAAGAGUUUAUUGUGGCAGCAGACCUUGGUGGCUAUCCUAUCUCAAUAGAAAUGGCAGUGGAGUUAAGAAAAAUUCUCUUUGGAAACACAUUUUAUACAUUCAAUUAUGAAUGGAAAAAAUCUUUCUUUAAAUUUCGUGAACCCUUUACAGAUAUGGCUUAUUCACUGGAAGCAGACAAAACUGGGACAAGAGCAAUACAGAUGGCUGUGCAGGGCCAUAUAAUUAAGUAUCUUCUAUUUACAAAGCAUGGAGAUGAACACAAUUCUCUUCAAAACUUAUAUGAACAUAGCCAAAAACAACAGGAGAGAGCUCUGGCUGUAGCUUUAGCAGAUAUCCUCUGGACAGCGGGCGAGGGGAAUAAAGCAAUAAUCUGCCUCAUCACAAAUGAACCCUAUUUCACACAGGGUACUGACUACAAAGCAGAUCAUUUUACUGAAAGGCUCCAGCUUUUUGAAUUUGUGGACAAAGAAAUUCUUGAGAAGUUCCUCGGUGCCCACAUACACUGUUUCAAAAACGAGGGGUGCCAUGGAAUGAUACUGUUUCUGUACAGUUUGUUAUUCUCUAGGACACUUCGUAGGCUUCAAGAUGACUUGGACUUCACUACACCACAUCUGUUGCAGUUCAGUCUUGGGAACUUCUCAGCCAAACAGGCUUUAAUUAACUUGAUGCUAACAGGAAGAGCAAGCCCUCAGGUGUUCAAUGGAGAUCAGGUAUUGGAUGAAGACAACACAGAACAUCAUGUACAGCAUGGAGUCCUUGUGCGCAGUGACAUAGGUUUCUUGCACUGGAGCAGAGAGGAAAUGCAACAAGACAGACUCCCACGGGUUGGAAGUAUGCUGAAAACACCCAAAUUUCCCAUUUGGCUAUGUAACGUUAAUGGAACAUACAGUGUUCUUUUUGGCAUAAACGCCUCUCUCUUAUGUGACUGGAAAAUGGAACAUUUCUUUGAUCUCUAUUUCUACAAUGGACAACUUUCUCAAAGAAAAACAGCACAUCUGACUAUCGAUACUCACUCGCAUCAUUGGGAGGAGCGGUCCAAAGCAGAUGAAGGGGACAUGGAAAAGAAAUUCCCUUCUGUGGAGAUGACAGUCAGGACCAAAUGGGAGGGAGCAUCAAUUAACUGGCACGGAUCAGUUCCAUUCUACUGAGGGAAUUUAGCUUAAAGUGCAAUUUAAGCCCACACUUUGCUGUCCUAUAAUUUAUCAAAAGAUAUAUAUAUAUUAUGGACGACGGCUCCAGGUGAGCCGAAACGCGUUGAUACACCAUGCACCAAUAA